AUGUAUACAAUGUCAAUUGAUAUAAGUAUUGAAAUGUACAUUUUAUAUGCUUCUAUAAUGAUAAAUAAUAACAUAUUUUCUUGCAUGGAUUACUUUAGAAAUAUAUCUAUAAUAUUAAUAAAAACAGAAAUUGAAGAAGAUAAUAAAAAUGAAGCUGAACGUAUAUUUAAUUAUUUGAAGAAAUAUGUUAAUACUCUUACUUCUGAUCAACAUGUAAAGAAAUGUACUUUUGAAUUUGAACGUGAAAAUGAUAUAAAUUAUGAAAACAUAAAAAAUCUUUAUAAUAUAUAUAAUGUAUAUUGUUAUAUAAAUCAUAUUAUGCCAUAUAAUUUGCUGGAUGUUAAUUUUUGUUACAAUAUUGAAAGUUUAAUUGAAAAAUAUAAUGCUGUCUUAAAAAACCUUAAUGUUUUCGAGGAUAUUGCUUUGCGUAAUAAAUUAUAUCAUAUUAGAUGUCUACAUGAAGAAGCGAUGGAUUUAGAAAUACAACAUGAUCAAGGGCCGAAUUUAGAAAAAGAUAGUGAAGAUAUGAUCAAUUUAAAAAAAGAACAUGAACGAACGAUGCAUUUAGAAAAAGAUUUUGUUAAAAUUUUUGCUAGAAGAAAUAUCAAUAAAAAUAUUAUAAUAACAACAGUUCUUGUUACGAUUGUAAUAGGAACAAUUUUUCUAUAUUUUUAUAGGGUUAUUAAUAAUUUAUGUUUGAUAUAA